AUGUUUCUUCGUCUUUGUCUUGUCGUUUGUUUGGCUUUGGCCGCUGUAAACGGUCGUUUUGUUAAACCAAAACCUUUCCUUACAGAGGAAUUGAUCAAUGAAGUUAACGCUGCUCAAACAACAUGGAAAGCAGCACCAUCAAAAUUUAUGACAUGGUCAAAAGAAUCGAUUACACGAUUAAUGGGUGUUCGUCCAGAAUAUUUUGAACAACACAAAUUAAUCACACUCAUUCAACAUGAAGUACCAAAGGAUUUACCAGACAACUUUGAUGCUCGUGAUCAAUGGCCAAACUGUCAAUCCAUUAAAGAAGUUCGUGACCAAGGAAGCUGCGGAAGCUGUUGGGCUUUUGGUGCCGUCGAAGCUAUGACUGAUCGUAUCUGUAUUGCUUCAAGUGGAGCCAAGAACUUUCAUAUUUCAGCUGAAGAUCUUGUUUCAUGUUGUGAUGAAUGUGGAUUUGGAUGUGAUGGUGGUUUCCCACAAUCUGCCUGGUCAUACUUCAAAACAGACGGUUUAGUUACCGGUGGUAACUACAACACAAAACAAGGUUGUGAACCAUACUCAAUCCCAGCAUGUGAUCACCAUGUCAAUGGAACCUUACCACCAUGUCAAGGUGAACAACCAACGCCAGACUGCAAAACAAAAUGUAUCGAUGGCUAUCCAACCCCAUAUGCCAAAGAUAAGCAUUUUGGCUCCAGUGUUUACGCAGUUCGUUCGGAUCAAACACAAAUCAAAACCGAAAUCUUCACAAAUGGACCAGUAGAAGCUGCCUUCACUGUCUAUGCCGAUUUCCUUACAUACAAAACAGGUGUUUACAAACACACAACUGGCUCAGUUCUCGGUGGACACGCUGUCAAAAUUCUUGGUUGGGGCUUAGAUGGCACAACACCAUACUGGCUUGUUGCUAACUCAUGGAACGAAGAUUGGGGUGAUAAAGGAUACUUCAAAAUCCUCCGUGGUAAAAAUGAAUGUGGCAUCGAAGAUGGCAUCGUUGCUGGUGCUCCCAAGCUCUAA